UGUGUUGCGGUACUCGUCGUCUCUCUCUGCUCGUUCCCCAAUGGAGAAAGCUUUGCUCGGCUCCAAUGGUCGGGCGGCAACACUCUUCAAUGUCAGCCCCAAACCGCAUCCUGGCCGUCCGCCUUCGGCCCGAAUGCCCAUCGCAAUGGCCGUGCCCAAAUCCGGUACCCGAUCCACGAGUCAACGGGAGGCCAUCUACACAGAGAUUGAGGACCAUCUCAGGAAGGCCAUCCCCAAGCCCCCCCCCGUGGUGUUCGAGCCAAUGCACCACCUGACCUUCGCGGUCCCCCAGGGCACCGCCCCGGCCCUCUGCAUCGCGGCCUGCGAGCUCGUCGGCGGCGGGCGGGACCAGGCGAUGCCCGCGGCCGCCGCGCUGCACAUCAUCCACGCGGCCGCCUUCGCCCACGAGAACCUCCCCUUGACGGACCGGCCCGAGAUCAGGCCCCCCGUGGCCCACGCCUACCGCCCGAACGUCGAGCUCAUGACGGGGGACGGCAUGGUCCCGUUCGGCUUCGAGCUGCUCGCCGGGUCUGACGACCCGGCGGGGGAAAACUCGGAGCGGAUCCUCCGCGCGAUCGUGGAGAUCACGCGCGCGGCGGGGUCGCAAGGCAUGGUGUCCGGGCAAUACCACGAGGUCGAGUACCUUCUGCCGAGCGGUCGGGGUCGGCGGGAACCCGAGUGGGCGGACCACGUGUGGGCAAAGAAGGAAGGGGAGCUGCACGCGUGCGCGGCGGCGUGCGGGGCGAUACUGGGGGGCGGGGCGGAGGAGGAGAUCGAGGGGUUGAGGAGGUAUGGAUUCUACGUAGGGAUGAUAAGGGGAAUGAUGGCUCGUGGGGAUGGAAGAAGAGAGGAUGGAGGAGUACUGAGUACGGUCCGAGAUAUGAAGAAGUUGGCUCUCAAGGCGUUGGAAGGUUUCGAUCAAGGGAAGGUUGAGGCAGUCGCAAGCAUUCUUGAUGCCAACAUGUGCUAAAUCUUUCCUAAGGAUCAUGAAAGAAUCGAAUGUAAUGUUUUUUUUUUUUUUUUACCUCCUUUUUUGGGCUUAAGAAUGUAACGUUAAUUA